AUGGUAUCGGAUAGCGCCCAGGCCUUUGAAUUCGUGCCGUAUAGUGAGAACAUCCAAAAUAAUAUGACAGGUAAAAAGCUGUCUACCUUCAGUGGCACACCUGAUGUGAUCCUGAAGGACAACAAUCACCAAGUGAAGGUCGCUGGAGAGCUCAAAGUACCAUGGAUUGCGGAUCACUGGCUAGAAGACAAAUACAACGACGUCGACCAGCUAAGGAUAAUACUUGCUCAGCCGAUCAAGUAUAUGCAAAGGCUAGGGUGUGUGUAUGGAUUUAUGAGCAACUACAAAGAGAUAAUUUUUCUCAGACAGCUAGUGGAUAGCCAAGGGGCAUGGAGGAUCGAAUAUUCUCCCGUAGUCCGGUCGUCUGACACUUACGACAGACACCGGACGAAUCCCCAUGCUGUCUCCGCUAGGCAAUGUUUCUUUUAUGUAGGGUGGGAGAACUUGAAAGUGUUCUUGAGCACAUGCAAAUUCCAAUGGGCAAAUUUGGGUCUCAACAAUGAGGACCUGAAUGAAGCUCGGGUUGCGAGUGUGAUCACAGGAUGCUCCGGAGUUGCUCGGGAGUACAUUGACCAGCUUCCGGUGGAGACUGCUAAUUCAUUCAACGCCCUGUCUACUGCGCUAAAGGAACGGUUCCCUUAUACUCCUCGGACGGUUGAUGUACGAACCGACCUGCAUGCGAUGAUGGCUCUAAAGCAGGGUAGAAAGGCGCUGAAGGAAUAUGAGGACGAGGGGCUGCGACUCCGUUCUCUAAUCUCGGAACAACUUCUUCCUCUCCUACAGAAGCAAUGGUUAGAGAGGCUGAAUGACCAAUCGGUGGCCAAAGGUGUUGAGGGAGCAUUCAACCUAAGCACCCAGAUUACCGGCAAGCCGGCAACAUUCGAGCAGAUCAUUAAGGCUGUGCGGGACACAGUUGGAGAGACUGAAGUAUAUCCAGAUGUCAUGCUCACUUGUCCGAAACGGAUCGCUUGA